UGUGCGGGAGAAGAUGAGGAAGAAGAGGAGAGAACUGCAGGAUUCUUUAGGAAGAGCCAGAGAUGAUAAACAGGCUCUGGUUCCGGCAGACUGGGACAAUGAUCACGCUGCGGUGGAGGAGAUGGCAGGUGGUGACGAGGACCCUGGUGAGACACUCAGACGCUCAGUGAUGGCAAAGAGGAUGAAGAAAAAGAAGAAGCUGCUGAAGGAGAGGACGGUCGAGGCUCCUCCAGACGACGAGCUGACAGCAGUGCAGGAGCAGGACAGACCAGAUGAUGACGAUGAUGAUGAUGGGCAGCCAGCGCGCUCACCGAGAGAUCUUCCUCCUCGUCCUGUGAUGAGGCCGGGAUCCAGCCAAUCGGAGACCACCAUGAGGCAGCGAAUGACUGAGAAGCUGAGAGCGGCGAAGUCUAAAGCUGCUAGUCUUCUAGAGCAGGAGAGCAUCACCGAGCCCGCCAGCCGCCUACAGAGUCUACGGGACAGAGAAACCCUCACUCGGUUCGACAGAGACACGGAUCCAGAUCUCCGGGCUGAUGAAGACUCGUCCUUCACUGCCAGGCUGAAGUUUCGUGAUGUGGCCAGACGUGCAACCAAAGACAAAAGGACCGAAGCUGGUUUGCCGACCGCUGAAGAGGCCUACAACUUCUUCACCUUCAACUUCGACCCAGAGCCUCAACAGCAACGGCGACGAAAGAAAAGACGCCCCGGGAGAAGAGAAGCAGAGGAGGAAGGAGAGGGGGAAUCAGAGGAAGAAGAUGGAGAGGAUGAAGAAGAAGGGGAGGAAGAGAGGGAGUGUGAAGGAGAGGAAGAGUCUGAAGCCAGGGAUGAAGAUGCUCCACUGGUCAGAGAUGAGGAGGAGGAUUUGUUCAUCAUUGACCAAUCAGCACAGGACUUCCUGGAAGUGCGGAGAGCAGAGUACGUGGACUACAGUAGGCGACUGCAGAGGGAGCGAGAGACACUGUUUGUUCCCAGCAUGAGGACAGUCCCUGCCUCGAGUAAGCUGGCUGAGAAUGUGCGUCCCCGUUACCCGGAGGAGGAGGGGUUAUAUGUGGGCGAGAGGCCACACGUCUGCCUGAGGAAUCAGAACAUUUUGGAAAACCGAAUACUCAAGCAGGGCGAGGGACGGAAGUGGUUUGGAGACGAUGGGCGUAUUCUGGCUCUGCCCGACCCGAUCAAAGAGUCCUCCUCCAGACCGCCUCUCUUCCACCUGGAGGAUGAGCUGGACCUUGCGCUGCAGACGGCCUACAGAAAGGCUCUGAAGUCGAAGCAUUUGAACCGCUACAUAUCUGGAAUGGGCGACCCCCAGUCAGACUACCAGCUGGAUGUAGAUGUGUCGGGCCUCAUCUUCUCCCAUCAUCCUCUCUUCAGCCGUGAACACGUGCUGGCGGCCCGUCUCGCCCAGCUGUACGAUCAGCAUCUGACCAGACAGCACAAGAACCUCACGCGACUCCUGACCGACAAGUUGAACGGCUUGAGGAACACGAUACAUAAUAUGCUGGAGCUACACAGAGGAGAGGCUCUGAGUCAGGUGACCCAGCAGAGGAUGGCAGAGUACAAACAGGAAGUGAGACACACUCGUCAGUUGCGAGAUGUGGAGCAGGACAAGGACCGAGCUCUCCUCAAAAGCAUCAUCAGAGUGUGGAAGGAGCUCAAAGCUCUCAGAGACUUCCAGAGAUUCACCAACACGCCGUUCAAACUCUUCGUCAGGAGGGAGAAGGUGGAGCGAGAGCAGGACGAGCAGGAGUAUGAGAAUGACAUCAUGGCGGAAGUGGAAGAGCUGCAGGCGGAGACUGAGGAAGACUAUCAGAAGAAGAUGAGUGAAUACAGAAGACUACAUGAGGAAUGGAAAUCCUGGAAGAGAAAACAGAAAGUCUUAAAGAAAAAGCAGAAGAAGAAAAGACAGCAGGAGGAAGAAGAGGAGGAUGAGGAGAGUGAGGAGGAGUUGGGAGAGGAGCCAGAGAAGCCGGAUCCUCCAGAGAAACCAGACACAGGCUCCCUGGAAGAGCAAGUGCGGGAGAAGGCUGCCAGGAUCCGCAGGAAACCUGGAGAACCGGUUCUGAUCCCAGAACUUACCGUCUCCGGGCCCAUCACCCCCAAUGAGCAGUGUCCACGUGCCGAGUUUGCUCGCAGAGAGGAUGUGUCCAAACGUGCCCUCUUCAUCAAGGUCCUGUACAACGAUAAAGAAGUUUCCAGAACGGACAGUCGAGCCCUCAACAUGGAUUUCAGAGUCCACUUUGGUCAGAUCUUCAACCUGAAGAUUGUGAACUGGCCAGAAAGCAUCAAACUGCAGGUGUUUGAGGGUGUCGGCUCGUCUUCCGCCCUGCUGGUGGAGGUGUGUGUGCCGGUUCCCGAAUCCUCUGUCCUGACCGGCAGUGCACCAUCUGAGGAGAUGGAGUUCAGCAGCAACCAGAGAGUCACCUUCAACCACGAGGGCGUCGGCAGUGGUGUCCCGUUCUCUUUCGAGGCUGACGGCACCAGCACACAGACCCUGCUGACGUCAGGGAAGCUCUCCUGCUGCGUCUCAUGGGCUGUAGGGGAGGAUGACGUCCCCCUCGCUCCCCCGUCCAGUCAGCCUGGAGGGGGCAAGUACAGUGGUCUUGGGCAGAUGGACGCUAUAGCCUGUAUCGGGGCAUCUAGUCUGAAUGAUAUGAAGAAAUUGGGGAAGUGGGCGGCUGAGUCUCGCCUCGACCCUAACGACCCCAACAACACCUCCAUAAUGCAGCUGCUCUCGGUGGUGAGUGGUGGAGAUGUGGCGGCUCCUGAAUACUUUCGUCUGGAGCAGCUUCAGGAGGAGUUUAAUUUCCUGACCGAUGAGGAGCUGCAGCGUUCCCGCCGCUUCCGUCUCCUGAGGCUGCGGAGUCAGGAGGUGGCGGAGUUCAGGCACUUUAAAUGCGUCCCCUCCAUGGAGCGUGAGAUAUCCCCAAAAGUGUUCCAGGAUUAUGAGAAGAGACUAAAGGAUGGCGAGAUCAUCAAUACAAAAGAUCACAUUGAUUCACAUCGAGCCCUCGUGGCCAAAUAUCUGCAAAGAGUCCGGGAGUCAGUCAUUAAUCGCUCCCUUAUAGCGAAGCAUCAUUUCAUCCUGUCCGAUGUGGUUUCGGAGGACGAGGUUCCCAGCAUCGGUGGUCCAGGUGCUGGGGUGUUGGGCUGGAACCUGUUCAAACUGGCCGAGCCCAAGCGGCCCCUGAAGCCUCGCAGGAAGGAGAGGAAGAAGGUGACCGCUCAAAACCUCUCCGAUGGAGACAUCAAACUCCUGGUCAACAUCAUCCGAGGAUACGACAUCCCUGUCCGCAGACUCAGUGCCAGCAAACCCCCUGUGUCGGCUAAGCCUGGGGGCAGCGAGUGGCCCUUCGGACAGCCUCUGAUCAGGCCGUUUGUGGAGGUGUCUUUCCAGCGCUCAGUGCUUCAGACGUCCACCGCCGAGGGUCCAAACCCCUGCUGGAACGAGGAGAUUGUUCUGCCAUUCAGCGCGCCGAACGGAGACUACAGCUCCACCAGUCUGCAGUCGGUCAGAGAUGAGGUCUUCAUCAACAUCUUCGACGAGGUUCUCUCUGAACUGAUGGAGGACGAGAGGGACAGAGGAAACACCAUCCACACGCGUAUAGAGAGGCACUGGCUCGGCUCCAUCAAGAUUCCCUUCAGCACCAUCUACCUGCAGUCUCGGAUUGACGGGACGUUUAAGGUGUCCACGCCGCCAGUGCUGCUGGGAUACAGUAAGGAGCGCACUUUGGGCAGUGAAGGGGGAUAUGACACCAUCCGCAGCCUGAGCGAAGGGACCUUCCUCAGCCUCUUCAUCACCAUUGAACCCCAGCUGGUGCCUGGAGACACCGUCAGAGAGAAGAUGAAGGAAGUAAAGUUUGAGUCUCAGGAAGUUGAGCGUUUGCUGAUAGCGAGUGAAGUGUUUGAGAAGGAGGCAAGUCGGCAUUUCCCCGACCGGCCCUGUCUCUCCACCGUCAUCGACAUCAACGGCAAAACGGUGUUCGUCACACGCUUCAUACGACCUCUGAACCCCCCGCAGGAGCUGCUGGAUGCGCUCCCCAACAGCCCUCAGGAGACCGCGGAGUUAGUGGCGCGAUACGUGUCGCUCGUUCCCUCUCUUCCAGACAGCGUGUCGUUCGCAGGAGUCUGUGACCUCUGGAGCACGUGCGACCAAUUCCUAACGCUGCUAGCUGGAGAUGAGGAGGAGCAUGCAGUUCUGCUCUGUAACUACUUCCUGUCAAUGGGGAAACGGGCUUGGCUGAUCAUAGGAUCCGCCAUUCCUGAGGGCCCUACCGCGUACGUUCUGACGUAUGAGCAGAACCGCUAUCUGAUCUGGAAUCCCAGCACUGGGCAGCACUACGGGCAGUACGACAUAUUCUGCCCCCUACAGACCAUCGGCUGCCUCAUCAACUCAGACAACGUGUGGUUUAAUAUCCAGCCAUACGCUGCUCCCAUGAGAAUGAGUUUCGAUGUCUCUAAGCCAAAGCUCUGGAAAGCGUUUUUCUCACGAUCGUUCCCUGACCCCGGCCUCUCUAGUGUGCAGCCGGAGGCACUGGUGUACAGACGCACGGACAAAGUAGCUGCCGUGGAGUUACAGGACAGGAUAGAGAAGGUUUUGAAGGAGAAGAUCAUGGAAUGGCGACCCCGUCACCCCACUCGCUGGAACCGCUACUGCAUCUCCACGCUACGCCAGUUCCUGCCAAAAUUAGAGCUGAGCGGAGGACGAGAGGUGGCGGAGGAACAUCGCCUCGAGCUGCAAAGCCUUCUGGGAGAAUACAAGAUAUCUGGGUUUCCCCUGCACCUUCCUUUCUCAGAGAUUCGGCCAAUCAUCGAAGCCGUUCACAGCACAGGGGUUCAUAAAGCCGAAGCACCAAACGUUGAGUUUGCCCUGGCGGUCCACGUGCACCCGUACCCCGGUAACGUGCUCUCCGUUUGGGUCUACAUCGCCUCCCUGCUCAGUGUACACUAGAUCUCAGCGGAGCAAUAAUAUAAAGACUUCUAGAUAUGAUGAUGAUGAUAUCAAUGUCAUAUUUUAUAUACAUGUUUUGAUUUUGUAGUGCUCCUGUGCCUGCCAGUGUGUUUUAACACUAUGGCUACUAAUACUAGUUAUAUUAUUUAUUUUUAAAGAAACAUUUUUAAAGAAUAUUUUUCGUGCUUGUACUAGACCGAUUUUUAUGAAAUAAUUUUAGACCAUUUUUAUUACACUAGAUUGCUAAGUUUGUUCUUGUUUCCCCUAGUAUCGUUCUUUCAGGGUCAAUGUCACAAAACCCACCUGGAACAUGUCUAGGCCAUAUUGCACUUUCAUUAAAAAAACAAUGUUUUUAUUUUCUUCUGAUAAUGAGGUACAAUAUCACCUGAAUAUGUUCUUUACAGUUGAAUACUUUAUUCAUUUAUAGAUAUUUGAACUGUUCUGCUUCAAGCUGAGGUAAGCACACUAUUAAACUGAAUCAGUUGAUUGUUGAGGCACAAUUAAGUGUCGAAAUAGCACAUUAUGCAGUAUUUGUGCUACAGAAUAAAACCGUGCAGAUGCUUUUAACUGAUCUUUCCAUGUGAAAUUGUAAAUCUUUCGAGAGACUCUUUAGUACUACAGAGAGAUGUUAUCACUGUGUGUGACUGAUGUAUUUGUCUGCCUCAGACAGACAGACGGGUCUAUCAGAUCUGUCCGCUGUUAUCAGCUCAGUUUGGUUGGAACUUGUUGGGUUUUGCGGGUGUUUUUUUGUUUUUAGUAUCAGUGUGUUGAUUUCAGGCUUAUCAAACUUUAUAAACUUCCUGAUGACAA